GGUCAGGGGGUGGGGGCGAGGGUGAGCACCUCAACAUCAGUCAGAGGGAGGAGUGGGCUCGGAGUCUGGGGCGGGUGAGGUUGUGGCCGAUGGGCUCGUGCUUGUUGGCAGUGGGCAGACUGGUGACUGAGGGGAGUCUGUGGCAGAAGUUGAGUCAGGAGAUAGAUAAGAAGCUGUACCUGGUGAAAUGAUCCAGCUUCAGGUAGAAGAAGAAUUUGAGACAAGUUUGGAAAAUGCUCGAGCCUGGAUGCACUGGAUCCAGGAACAAGUGGAAGCCAAUGACAGCAUCCUGGGACCUAGGUCUGCCCUGGAGGCCAGGCUAAAAGCAUCUGAGAAUAUUUUGAAGGAGGAACCUGAAGGGAAACUCAAACUGCAGAUGGUGCUGCUGAAAGCCGAGUCCCUCCUACACAAUAGGAAAGGGGACAAAAAACAUGAGAUCCAAGCGGCACUGAAAGAGAUCAAAACCAUGUGGGAGGAGACGACAAUAUCCAUGAUCCAUUGUCACAGUCGAAUUGAAUGGGUUUUACUGCAUUGGUCCGAGUAUCUGAAAGCAGAAGGAGAAUAUUUUUCUUGGUUCUUGAACAUGAAGCAGAAGUUGGAGCCUAACCUGGAGUUACAGCUGGACCUAAAGGAAAAACAGUUACAACUUAGCCAUCACCGGAUCCUACUCAGUAACAUCCACAACCAGUCCGCCCUGCUGCAGCGACUGGCACAGGAGAGAGGAUCCUUGUUUGAGAAAACAAAAGACCCGACUCUCCAUGAGGACAUUCAGCGGAAAGUAAAUGCUGAACACCAAGAGCUGCAGAGACAAGCAAAGGAAAAAGUGAAUGUUUUAGAAGCAAUUACAGAAGAGCAUGAGCAAUACCAAGAGAGUUUGGACAAAUUCCAAAACUGGCUGAACUCCAUCAGCGAAAAAUAUGAUGGGAUUACGACAAAAGACUACACAGGCUCCAUUGAGGAAAUACUGAAAGGUUUAAGGGAGCUGGCAGAUGCAGUGAGUAGCAAAGAAGAAGACUUGCUGCAACUGGAACAUAAUGGCAAAGCUGUAACAGGGAAUACAUCUCCACUUGGCGCUGAGCACAUCACCAGGGAACUGGAGGAGCUGAGAGAGAAAUGGGAAAGAUUGCGACUGAGCUGCACACAGGACAAGGAAGCGUUGCUUCAAUCACAGCAGGAGUUCACGUCUAGGGCUCAGCAACUGGAGAAAAACGUGGCCGAGUUCAACAAUCUGGUACAUAAGGUGGAAGUGGAGACUUUAAAUGUGGAUGACACCAAUGACGAACUGGAAACUACCUGGAGGAAAUAUGUGAUCAGCAGGAAAACGCUAUUAGAGGAGCAGCCGCAUGUAGAACAUUUCAUGUUGGAGCUGAAGGAACUUUUCAGCUUGUCGCAGGACCAGAAUCUCUCCAACUGUGUCCUGCUUGCCAUUCGAGAGUAUCACAGGGUAACUGGAAGGUUAGAUGUGAUGUGUAACCAAGUAGAGAUGAAAAUGAGGCAGAAUGUUCAGCAGCUCCAGGGAGAGUUUCAGCAGUGGAGGAGCAGGACUCGCAGAUUGCUGGAUUUGUCCUCGGACAUCACAGACACAACAUUGCUUGGUGUUUACCUCCAGCAAAUUGAGGAUUGCCUGUCGCAGAGCUCUCUGCUGCACAACCAGUUCAGCAGCUCCCAGGUGAAGCAGAGAACAAUGGGCAUUGACUCCAGUGAAGAUUUAUCUGAUGUGUUACAGCAGACACAGCUGCUUACUGAGAGGCUGCUGGAGCUGAGACAGAAGCUGCAGAGUUCAUUGUCUCAGUCAGAGGAAUUUGCUGCUACUUACCAACUGUUGCAGGAGCGUCUGUCUGCGGUCAAAGUACAGCUAAUGGCAAACAGGAAAUUACAGCCAAGUCUUGAAACCAAAAGACAGCAGGUUGAACAGCUUCAGUUCAUUAAGAGGGUUUUGUUGGAGGUUGAAGCUGAAGUAAAUAAUCUGCACACUUCAUUGGCUUCAAGCCCAUUUCGUUGCCAGAUUCUUGCCACAAGCCGUUCAUUAAGCAAAUCUCUUCAGACAUCACUUGGAACAAGUGAGCAGAUAGUGAUGGAGCAUCAGCUGUAUCUCGAGAACCUCUCUAUUCUCCAGCACUGGCUGCUGUGUAUCCAGCGCAGACUGCAAUCCCACAGUCACAGCAGCCAAGAUCUGCAGUGGUGGAGCAGCGAAGCUGAGUUACUAACAGCAGAGCUUACAGAGAAGGAGAUUCAGCUCCAUCAGAUUGAAGUCCAGGCAGAGACGGUUUUGAAAAAUACCUCUCCUGAUGGAAGAAAAUAUAUUCAGGAUGAAGUUGAACAUCUGCAGAGAAUGUGGACAGAACUGAACAAACACUUCAGAGCUUCACAUAACACCAAUGUCACCAGAAGCACCUCUAAGGUGGGAGAAAAAGCCAGUGAGUUUGUCGUGAAGGUGAAAGGCCAAGUUCGAAAUGAUUAUCAUCAGCUAAGAAAAAUGUUUGAAGAGUGGUUGAAAACUGAAAAUCGAAAGCUGAUGAGAUUUUUAUCUGGCAACAUUUCCCAGAGCACUAAAGAGAUCAAAAGCAAAAAGCAAGGUCUGAAGAGUCUGCGAUCUCGUGUCACUCAGGGUCAGAAGCUGUUUGAGCAGCUCAUUGACGUGGCGCCAGUGUUUUCCAACACUGAGGAUAAGCAGCUGGAGGAUCUGCGGUACCGGUGGAUGUUGUAUAAAUCCAAACUGUCCACAGCUGAAGCUUUCACGAUCUCUGGUGGCCAAACUGAAGUAACUGGAUUCAGAAAGAAAUCUUCUGGAGGAAUGUGUCGCUACCUGUACCGAGCAUGUUGUGCCGCACUCCCUCUCCAGCUCUUCCUGCUCUUCUUACUGCUUCUGGCUUUCUUGCUGCCGCUCAUACAGGAACAAGACAGCUGCAGCUUAGUCAAUAACUUUGCUCGCUCCUUCUACCUGAUGCUGAGGUAUCAAGGUCCACCUCCAACUUAGCUCAGCUUCCCAAAGACUGCUCUUUCACAGCUGAUCUAGUCACUCGGUGCAAUGCACAGGAUCCCAAGUCGUACAACGUGGACCAUUUUUUUUUGCAUUUAGGAUAUUGGCAACAGUAUCAGGGAUUUCAGUCACAACUCAGGAACAGCCUGAAGCACAAAAUCACCGCCAACACCAACAUUCCUUCAGAUUGCUGGAAAGUUUUUAAAAUUGCCUUUUCAGAGCAUUUCUUUAACUUCACUGUUCAGCCAACAGAGAGAAUUUUAACUAAUUAGAGUCUUCAAAUUGUUCAAAAAAAUUCAAAUGUUUCAUCUAUUUUCAGGCUGUGAUGUCUCAAUGUCUGUCCGGAGGCCAUGGAAAUCAGUGGGUUUAUACAAUUAAUUUGAAGUGCAGUUUUUCUGCACUAAUAACUUCAUACCAGAGGGUGAAUAUGUCACAGCCAUUCUAAAUUUACUUUAAUCUGGAAAUAAAUGAUAUUAUUUGAAGAGUUGGAUCAGUGUUCCAAUACAGGAAUACUAAUGUCACUUCUAAUGCAGGAAUAAUUCAUCAAACUUUACAGAUUCUCUUUACUCAUUAUCUAUAGGUUUUUGAAUAGCAAAGGGAUACUGGAGUGCUGGAAUAUUACAUUAGGCACAUGGCUUGCAGGAGGUCCUAGUAUCUGCUAUACACUGAGCGUGCCUCAUACCUGUGUUGGUUGGGUGUCAAAUAACUAACUCGUGACUAUGGAAGGUAAGUAAGCAGGUCUGCUUGCAGCUGAACUGUCUGCCAAUAGAUUGUCAGAAUCGAGUCAGUCCUCUGUGGAAGUCUCAGUAGUCCGGUUCCU